AUGACACCGGAGGAUUUGGCCCUGGUCGCCGGCAGUGAGUUGCUGGCCGCGGCGUUCCUGCUCAGCCUGGAAGAGGCUCAGGCUCAAGCCUCAUCCCGCACGGCGCGGAGCCAGCGGCAGAAAAAACUUCAAGCCGCGAAGCCGCACAUGGCUCUGGUGAGGAAGGAUGACCACCCAGCAGCCCGGUUUGGGAAGCUGCAGGCUUCGACCAUGCCCAUGGACCUGGACUCCAGCAGCGAUGUCGUGUUGGAGAUGGACGAAGAAAAAAACAAGAACGCCCCAGCAGCAGAGAGUAAAAAGACAUCAAAACACCGUGACGAAACACUCUCAUUCGCACGGCGACGGCUCAGCAGCUUCUUGAGUUACGACAAAGAAGACGAUGAAGACGAGUGUCUGAUGGCAUGCCUUAGCCGCUCCCGAACGCCUCGUCGACGACGACAAGCCCCCGAGGAGCCUACCACGCCACCCCAUGUGCAGAACGACUUGGACAGGUGGCAGGAGAAGGCCAAGGAAGUCGCAGAGUCGCAACAUUUGUUCUUGACUGGAGAGGCAGGAUCUGGAAAGUCGUAUCUUUUGCAGCAUCUGAAGGAGACUCUGCGCGACAAUCCCAUUGCAGUGGCAGCACCAACUUGGAAUGCCGCAUGCAGACUUUGCGGCACUUCUGUACAUUGGUUCGCUGGGGUGAAUGUUGGAAAGCUUGAGGCAUCCGCCGAAGAAGCGAUGAAGUUCAUUCAGAGUCGACAAGAUUCAGAGGCCGUCCUAGAUAGGCUUCGCCGCGUGAAGGUUCUGAUUGUGGAUGAGGUCUCGAUGCUGCAUCCAACAGUUCUUGAUAAUCUUGAGCAGCUCUGCCGCAUGGUACGCGAAUCAGAAGCUCUUUUCGGGGGCAUCCGUUGCAUCUUCUCGGGUGACUUCAUGCAAAUCCGGCCAGUUAAAAGCACGAAACUCGCCUUCGAGGCUCAAUGCUGGAAGGCUUUGUUUGCUGAGCCACAGCAACAGCACACUUUGCGCAGACCACAUCGGCAAAGGGAAGAUCCCGAUUUCCACGGUUUCCUCAAGCGACUGCGGUACGGCUACCUGCGUGAAACAGACAUAGGCCUCCUGCUUGCUGCAGCGCGCCGCAAAGGAACAUUUGAGCAGUUAUCUAUGUAUGCCAAAAAUGAAGACGUGGAAAGCGUGAAUGCAUCGAGGUUGCUGAGACUGGAAGGAGAGGCGGUCUCAUUUGAUGCAGAGGAUUUCUUCCAUCCGGACGUGACUGUCCAUAGCAGGAAGGAGUUGGAAGUUGGCCUGGAUGAGCAGUGCCCCAGACAGCUGGUACUCAAAGUCGGGGCGCCAGUGCGCCUCACACAUGUGCAAAACAGCAAAUCUAUUUACCGUGGAAUGCAGGGCAUUGUGAUCGGAUUCGAUGACGGGUGGCCUGUUGUGUGGCUGGACGGCGACGGUGGCACACGGACGACAAUGCCAUGCUUCGGUGCCUACAUCCAGUCAGAGGUCGGGGGACCAUACCUUGCAAGGAGGAAGCAAGUUCCUUUGGCCCUCGCAUGGGCCACCACCUUGCACAAAGCGCAAGGAAUGACACUCACGCAUGCGGCGGCGCAUGUAAGCAAAGUGUUCCACGACAAUAUGGGCUACGUGGCUUUAAGCCGGGUGUCGACUCACAGCGGUUUGAAGUUGAUUGACCGGUUGGACAGCAUGACUUCCACGCAGUUGCGGAAUUGGGUCGCCCGGAAACUUUGCCAAGCUUGCCCAAAGGCUUCGGCAUUCCACAUGGCCAUGCUGGAUGAGCAGGAGAAGCGCCGCGUCCAACAGGGACGCAGAAAGUUUCGGCAAUUGCUGCGGAAUGAUCGCAUGUGGAAGUCGGCUCUUCGUAAUGCCGGUUUCGUCGAAGGGGCUGGCUACAAUUACUCGGACUUACGCCCUGAUUGGGCUGUCCAUCAAUACGGUGAUCAAUGCUUCAGAUGCGGCAAGACCGGCCAUUGGCAGGUGGAUUGUUUGGAGUGA